AUGCCUGCCUGCCAUGGCUGUCGAGUGCGCAAGGUCAAGUGUGAUGACGGAAACCCCUGCUCGCCUUGCCGUCAGUUCGAUGUCCAAUGCAUCAGGUCAACGGCACCCAGGAAACGUCAGAACCCCAAGCGAGGACGUCUUGUAGCUCAGGCCAGAGAAGGCAAUCUACAACAGCAGACGGUUCUUUCGCCAAGCGCGUCCGUGUCUCCCUCGGCAGUUCAUUCAACGCCUCAUGCGGCUAGCGAAUGGCCUCCAGGGAGUAGCCCUGGUUCAGUAUCAGCAACAGGACCCUUCUCUCCAAACUCCGAGGCCUUUACCAGUGGCUUCUUCCACUCGCUGCUGCCAGAAUUUGAAAAGGUUGUGUACCCUUUCAGUCCUGCAAUUACCCCCGAGGAAAUCCUGGCGUCAAUAUCCAUGAUGCAUCAUAAUCCCGAGGAUGCAGCUCUGGUAUACGCAUAUGCUGCCGUCACCACCUUUUUAUCACAGACGGCAGACAACUCACACGGUAGCGUAGCAGCGCAAAUAAGCAACCUGGUAUACCACAGUCUCGAAGCACAUUAUCGUGCCGGCAUCAGUAGUCACGGCCCAGGACGCGUAGACGAGGGGGUGCCUCACAGCAUCAAGCGCAUCGUUACAUGUAUCUACCUCGAGAUCUCAACAAUGGGCUUAACUCGCCUCGACCGAAGUUUCAGCUUUAUUCGGGAGGCUAUAUCAUUAAUCCAAGUCAUGGAGGUCCAGCAACGGACGUUACCAGACCCGGCACGGACACCAUAUCCGAUGGCUCGGUUCCAGCAAGUUUACUGGGAGGCAUACAUACACGAGAGGUUUCUAACCAUCGCCGAUGGAUAUCCUAGCAUUAUGCCCCCUCUUCAUACAAACCUCUCGGCUACAGAUGCCUCCACACCGGAACACAUCAGAGUUGGGUUUAACUGCUUAAUAGAACUCUUCCUGAUUCUGGACGAGACGUUCCUCGCAUGUUGGCAAUCGCAACGGGGUUCAAUCGGUGGGCUAACGGUGCAGUGGAUCGAGAACAAGCAGGUGCAGCUUGACCAGGCUGAGAUGAACGCCGCGUCGGCCGAGGCAAGGAUGAACACUGCUGGACACGCUGGCUUUACGGAACUACAACGUGCCGACCUCUUCAUCACGAGACUUUGGCUGCGCACAUUGCUCUGGCAGCUGGCUCUGUCACAAGGUCUUCUCCACUCUGGAUCCUCCGACACAACGCAUGAAGGACUGUCACUACAGUUCCCAGCAUCACGUCUGUCAAUACAACUCCGCAGCCUUGUUGGCAGGCUGGAUAGUAUUGUGAGUAUAGCAACCCAAGGCAGCGGCAUCAUACAAAAGCUCUUUGAGAUUGCCAGCACAAUUGCCGACGUCCUUGCUCUUCCUGCGGGCCACGACGCAGAAGACGGGCUUCGUUCGCAUGUCAAAGAUUUCCUAUAUGUUGUCAAUUUCCUCCUGGAGUUGGGAUUGAUGAGAGAGAACCAGAAGGAGUAUCUGCGUGAGAAAUAUCACAUGUUGCAACCUUUGAAUACAGACGAGGAUAUGCCUGCACAUAAUGGAGAGCAGGCGGUUGUGUCUUGA